AUGGCGACCACGGCUUCAAUGCAGGGCGAGACCUCGAUCCCCGUAACUUCGAAUCCCGCUUCACAGGACAGGACGAUCCAAGUGGAGCACCAUUCAAAACCUCCUGCCGAUACUUUGACAUCCUCAUCAACGCCCGCAAUGACCAUUGGCAACCCUCAACCCGAUACCAUGAGCUUAUCUGCAAUUCCACAAGAUGCGCCAUCUAUAUCCGACUCCAAUAUGGAUGUCUCAAAUCAGGACGUUGGUUCGCAGUCAAACUCGGGCCAAGGUCCUCGCAGAGGUUCAUUUCCGGACAUCCUCCCUCGAGGCCACACAUUGCCUCGACUCAUAGAUGCCGGCCCUCCUUCAGAUACGGUGGGGACGCCUAGCUCGAUGCUCAGUACAUUUCCUCCUCAAUCAAGCCAUGACGACCUGCAGACCGAUAGCGACCCUGAAAUUCCAUCGGCCGCAAACCGAUCGAGUACAAGUCUUGCUCCACGCUCCACAAGUGUGAUGACAGAGGACGUUGAAAACUCGACAAUCACAGUUUCGAGCCAAUCUGAAGCGCCGACUGGCCGCCUGCUCACAGGCCACCCUGCAGCCAGCGUGCCAGUCGCGAACACAUCCUCAAAUCGAAACAAGAACUACGUUCUACCUGAUGGCUCGGUAGUCUCUGGAAAAGGUCUUGGUCGUGGCAGACCUGGAAUCAAACGUGGACCGAGAAAUCAGAAACAAGUUGUCAUUGACCAUGUCCCAUCACAGUCAUCCUCAACGAAUGCAGCCACUGUUUCCUCAGACGCGGGCCUACCCCCGAGGAAGAAGCGCAAAAGUGGUGACCCCGAUGGUGGCCUGAUCAAGCCUCGAGCAUCAACUUCUGCAUCCGUUACAGCAACGUCGCGGGAGUCGUCUGUGGAGUAUACGCCUACCGCUACACAGACUCGAUCUGGUCGCCAUACUCAGAAGCCGGCUUCGCUCGCCAAUACAACGCCCGCAGCCGAGAGCCCUUCGAAGCGGCCAGGCCGGCCUGACAGAGCUACCAGUACCACGAGCGCGUCACCCUCAACGCUCAAACUGCACCCCAAGAUCAAGCGGCGGGUAUAUCGGGGCCGGGAGCAAUUCGCACUUUGCGAACACUGUCUCCGUGGUCACGGCCCGCCAGGAAACGUUAUCGUUUUCUGUGACGCUUGCAAUAAAUGCUGGCACCAACGGUGCCAUGACCCUCUCAUAUCUAAGCAAACAGUUUCCGACGCCAAAGCAGAGUGGUUUUGUGCCGAUUGCGACCGCAUCCUGCAUGGCGGAAAGAAGGCCAAGAAGCCCCCGGCGAAACGAGUUGAACCUACCACUGUCUCUCCGAUUGUCAUCGAACCGACACUUGGGUACGGUGGCCCGCGUGUCGGAGGCCGCUCGCUGAAUCCAGAACAACGAUUAGCCUACCUUCGUACUCUUUCGAAGGAUGACUUGAUAUCUCUCAUUCUAGAAGCCUCAGACCUUGCCCCUGACCUCCCCCUCUACAAGGCUCUCGUCCCUCUGUCGACUCGGAACAACACGCCCCAGGCUCAGUUUACAUCAACCUAUGUCACGCCGGUAUCACAGCCGCCGACAUUUGCGGACAAGGAUACUGCGAACAAUGCUGUUCCAGUCGAUGAAGGGUACGAUGACCAUCUCGAUGACCAUGCUACCUUGUAUCCCAAGCCUGGUAAUGGGGUUCAGCUGCCCCCAGAGAGCGAAGACUUGCAUAUGUUGCUCGAGGGUAAGGAUAGCAAGACCUUUAGCCACUGGGUACGAGGAAUGGGCGGGAAUGACUUUAGUGGGACGGGCAAUGUGGUGUCGUCAACUCAAGCUGUAUAG